GGAUAGAAAGCGGAGGAACAUGUGCUGGUAACAGAGGGGAUGGGAAUAGGAGGACAAUCUGGAUUAUUACUAUACACAAGUCUGGCUGAACCCUGCCCUGCGCCUUGUUUUGCUUCUGGAUCCGUGACUGCAGAUCCCAAAACAGAGGUCAAUGAUCAAACUUGCAGUGCCCUGGAGCUGAGCUUUCAUUGAAAUCAGUGGACUGUUAAGGACCUUAGAUAGCACAAGGUACCCUUCCUGUUUGCAUCUCAGAUCAGCACACCGUCUUCAUGCAUCAAGAAAGAGAAGAUCAAAGAACACUGACCAUGAACGCUAUCAUGUUUAAUAAGCUUAGUGGCCAAGUUCUCUUUGAAGAAGCCACUAAUGAUAGAGAAAGAGGAAUUAGGCCCUUUGUAGGAGUAAUGGAAAAUCCUAAUCCUGAUGCAGGUCUACAAGACAGUAUCUCAAUGAAGGACAAUGCAAGCCUCAGACACCGGCGUCCUGGCUCCAGGGGAACCAGUGGAAAAGUGAGGCACAAGCGCCAGGCAUUACAAGACAUGGCGCGGCCGUUAAAGCAGUGGCUCUACAAACACCGGGAUAACCCUUACCCUACCAAAACUGAAAAGAUCCUCCUAGCACUUGGGUCUCAGAUGACCUUGGUACAGGUUUCAAACUGGUUUGCAAAUGCAAGGCGUCGACUGAAAAAUACUGUGAGACAACCAGAUCUGAGCUGGGCUUUACGUAUAAAGUUAUAUAAUAAAUAUGUUCAGGGAAAUGCUGAACGGCUAAGCGUGAGCAGUGAGGAGUCAUGUUCUGAAGAUGGUGAAAAUGAUCCAAGAAGUCGCACUAAUGAAGAAACCUAUGACAAACCCAUUCACCAUACUGUGAUUAAAAAUGAGAGCUCAGUCAUCAAAUCUGGUGUGAGAGCAGAGUCAACAGCUAAUGAAGAUUAUGUAUCACCUCCAAAAUACAAGAGCAGUUUGUUACACCGCUAUCUCAAUGACUCUUUGCGACAUGUCAUGGUUUCAAAUGCAGCCAUGAGAGAAAAGACUAGACAGAGAAACCACUCAGGAUCAUUUAGCUCCAACGAGUUUGAGGAAGAGCUGGUUUCUCCUUCGUCAUCAGAGACAGAAGGCAAUUUUGUUUAUCGUACAGAAUCAUAUAUUUCCCUUGGACACUUUUCUGGAUUAAAAAAAUACUCCGGAUCUUGGGAUAAUUUGGAGCCUGGACCAAAUAGAUGUCAAAGUGCAGUUAAUAAAAAAGGAGCCUACAAAGAUGAAACUUACUGGAGGGAAAUGAAUGCGGCUAUGGCCCUAACAAACCUCGCACACGGCAAAGAUAAACUUCAGGGAACUACCAGCUGCAUUAUUCAAAAAUCCUCGCAUAUAUCAGAAGUAAAGACUGUCAAAGUGCCACUACUUCAGCAAUACUGAUUUUUUUUUUCAUGGACUUUUAUUUUAACCGUAAUUUACCUGGACGAUAUUUAGCGGUGAAAAAAAAAGUACUUUUCCAUAGACCUGCUGCAUUGUGGUCAUAAACGUAUGAACUGUUGAUACAUCUUCACCAGGUUCUACCAGAAAUGUACAUUUUAAUGUGUUGCAUUUUUUUAAUCAAAAUACUAACUUAUUUUUUGCUCCUCAGCGUAAACGCUCAGCUAACAAGAAAACGUUUUCCUUGCUUUUACUAUAAGUGCCUUGCCUAAAAGAAAUAAGCUACAUAACGUGGGCAUGAUAUUAAAUAUGUAUGCCUUAAAUUAUAAAUACUGUAAUGCUUUUGUUUUAUUGUUUUUGUAUUAAAUCUAGGUCUUUUUAACUCGGGUUAAAUGGAGAACUACCUGUACCAAAAUCUUUUAUGAAACAUGGUCAUGUGAAACAGACAUCUGGUGCACCAUUGUAAACUUUAUUGAAACCAAAUUAUUAAUAACAAAGAGAAUCUGCAUUUUUUACAAAUCUCCAAAGGAAAGCCCAUGUAUAAUUUUUUUUCAAAGUAAUGUAUAGGAAAGGGGUUGAAAUUUGAAUUCUUAACUUUUUGGCUACUGAAGUGUGUUAUAGCAUAAUUUUAUUCAAUUUGUUGCAGCCAUCUGUAGCAGAUAAAGACUUAAAGGGACAGUCAACAUUAAACUUUCAUGAUUCAGAUAUGACAUGCACUUUUAAACAACUUUCCAAUUUACUUUUAUCAUCACAUUUGCUUUGUUCUCUUGGUAUUCUUUGUUGAAGGCUAAACCUAGGUAGGCUCAUAUGCUAAUUUCUAAGUUGUUGAAGGCUGCCUCUUAUCUCAGUGCUGUUUGACAAUUUUUCACAGUAAGACAGUGCUAGUUCAUGUGUGCCUUAUAGAUAACAUUAUGCUCACUCUCGUGGGUUUAUUUAUAAAUAAGCACUGUUUGGCUAAAAUGCAAGUCUGUAAAAAGAACUGAAAUAAGGGGGCAGUCUGCAGAGGAUUGGAUACAAGGUAAUCACUGAAGUAAAAAGUAUAUUAAUAUAACAGUGUUGGCUAUGCAGAACUGGGGAAUGGGUAAUAAAGGGAUCAUCUAUCUUUUAAAACAAUAACAAUGCUGACGUAGACUGUUGAUUUAAGAAAGAAUUGAGAACAUUUUCUCUCAAAAUUUGAUCAUUAAAAAUCUAAUGUACAAAAAAGCAAAUACACAAUAUAUUGGUUCUGAUAUAACUUAACUCAUUUUGCCACCAUCUCAGGACAUGUGUGUGUUUUCUCAUAGCAUAUUGGUACAAAGCUUUAAAUUACCUCUAGUAUUUGACUGACCAUAUAAGCAGUUUCCUAGAGUUGGAAAAAAUCUUCCCUAAAGAAGGGCAACACAAAAUAUACUACGUUGGUUUAAUGGGCUAAGGUUCCACUAUAUGCUUAGCAAAUCAAUAUAAUGAGUAAACAACAUACCAGACUUCUCUUGUUAUACAUUAUCAUACCAAGUGAGAAAAUAUUGCUAACAGAUUAUUUGCAGUCUUUGUUUUUAAAGGGUCAACUCCACCCAUCAGUUAUGUUAUUUGGAUGAGGCAGUCCAACUUUGUUGCCAGCAUAGACAAGGUUAGCCACUUUCAUUUUGUGAACACAUUUUGGAUUAUUUUGCAGUAACCUUUGAAAAGCUUCAUCUUCUUUAUUGAGGCUAAUAUAUAAAAAUAUAUAAAUGAGUUUCUGUAGUGAAAUGGCUGUGUAGAGAAGAAUCAGACUUGUGAAGAUUGGUGUGUGCAUUUCUGGUUCUCAGAAAUUGGAAAACUCACAAUAUUCACAGUUAAAGGGACACUGAACCCAAAUUUUUUCUUUGGUGAUUCAGAUAGAGCAUGACAUUUUAAGCAACUUUCUAAUUUACUGCUAUUAUCAAUUUUUUUUUCAUUCUCUUGGUAUCUUUAUUUGAAAUGCAAGAAUGUAAGUUUAGAUGCCGGCCCAUUUUUGGUGAACAACCUGGGUUGUCCUUGCUGAUUGGUGAAUAAAUUCAUCCACCAAUAAAAAAGUGCUAUCCAGAGUCCUGAACUAAUAAUAAACAGCUUAGAUGCCUUCUUUUUCAAAUAAAGAU